AUGGCGAACGGUGGCGGCUUAUUCGUUCGAGGCAAUUUCUCGGCUGAGAAGAGCACGGUGCACUUCGAGAAAUGCGCUUCGAAGAAGAUGGGAGGCGGUGGCUUGUUCGUCAGCAAGGUCCUGCAUGCUGAGACCAGCACGCUGCAAUUCGAAAACUGCACCUCGCAGCGCAACGGUGGCGGCAUGUCUGUCCGGAAUUUCCUCCAAAGCGGCAGCAGUGCAGCUGACUUCCGGAGCUGCAUAGCCAAAAAAGGCGGUGGCUUGUGUGCGGGCAACGUUUCGCAGACGGAGACCAGCAGCGUGCACUUCGAAAAUUGCAAAGCGAGAACGGGUGGUGGCUUGUUCGUGACAGGCGAUUUCGAGCAGGCCAAGAACAGCACCGCGUACUUCGUGGAUUGCUUUUCGAGAAAUGACGGUGGCGGAUCGUACGUUGAAGGCAGCUUCGUGCAGGCGGAGAAGAGCACGGUGCGCUUUGAGCGAUGCAUUUCAGAGGGCAGCGGUGGUGGGUUGCAUCUGUUUGGUGACUUCAAGCAGAACAAGAGCAGCGGCGCGUACUUUGAGAAUUGCAGAUCCGAGGGUGAAGGUGGUGGCUUGAACAUUAUCAAAGGCGGCGGCUUUUUGCAGGCUGAGCAGAGCCGGGCGCACUUCGAGCGGUGCACUUCCAAUAGCUAUGGCGGUGGCCUGCACGUCGAGGGCAGCUUUCUCCAGGCGGCGGAGAGCACGGCGCGCUUCGCGCGGUGCGCUUCGAACCGCUCCGGCGGUGGGUGCUCGGCUUCUGGCCUCCGGCAGGACAGGAAGAGCGCCGUGCACUUUCAGCACUGCCACUCUGAGGGCGCAGGCGGCGGUCUGAACGUCGAAGGCGUUUUUUGGCAGGCUGAGAAGAGCAGGGCACACUUCGAGUGGUGCACUUCACAGCAAGCUGGUGGUGGAAUGCGUGUCAUGGGUGACCUCAACCAGGACAAGAACAGCACCGUGCACUUUGAGAGUUGCAGCUCAGAGGGUGGUGGUGGUGGCUUGAGCACCAUUGGCAGCUUUACGCAGGCUGAGCAGAGCACGGCGCACUUCGAGCGGUGUAAUUCGAAAACCACUGGUGGUGGGUCGUACGUUCACACUGACUUCAAGCAGGACAAGAACAGCAACGUGCACUUUGAGAGUUGCGCCUCCGAGGGUGAUGGCGGUGGCUUCUACGUCGGUGGCAGCUUUCAGCAGGCUGAGAAGAGCACGGCGCACUUCGAGCGGUGCAUUUCAAAGCAAAGAGGUGGUGGGUUGUUCGUUGAGUAUGAGUUCAAGCAGGACAAGGACAGCACCCUACACUUUGGGAAAUGCAGCUCAGAAGAUGACUCAGAGGAUGAUGGCGUCCGCGGCCGUGGCGGCGGCGGCAUGUACAUCGAUGGCAGCCUUACGCAGGCUGAGAAUAGCACGGCGCACUUCGAGCGGUGCACUUCAGCGCAUGCAGGUGGUGGGUUGUUCGUUAGCAUUGACUUCAAGCAGGGCAAGAACAGCACCUUGCGCUGUGAGAACUGCAGCUCAGAGGGUGAUGGAGUCUCGGCAGCAAUGGCGCGUGGAGAAGCAGCCACCGUGAUCACUUCCAGACUUGCUUGCGCGGCCGCUAAAGAAGCACGUGGAGGAGGGUUUGCUCGCGCGCAAGGGGAUUGA